AUGCUUAGAUCACAUUCUAUCAUAUAUCGUAGUAAUAACAUAUUGCGUUCAUUUGUACCAAAAUUGUGCAAAGCAAACUUUUCCUCCAUUUCUAGAUUCAACAAGCCACACUCACAAAAUGUUAAAAAACCAAAGUAUAAGGAUAAUAUAGAUGCACCUGGUUUCAAGAAAAUUUUUUUGAUUGCCUUAAUAGGUACAGCUAUUUUUGUCAAAGCAGUUGACUCCAUUGAAAAACAUAAACCUAAAAAUAAUUUCACCGAAGAUGAAUAUAAGCACGUAAUAAAUGGUUUGAAACGCCAACACCAACUUUUCGAAGGUAUUCCAAUUUCUCCAAUAUAUUUUGUUCCAUUUGCUGAAAAUAUGAUACCAAAAAACGUUCCAAAUUCACAAAAAGACAAUACAAUUGCUGUUAUUGAUCCAAAAGACGUUGUAGAAUUUUACAGAACCAAUACCGCAAGUAAAUACGAGGCAUUUUUAAAUCAAAUUUACGCUGCUAACAGUAAUGAUCCAGGCAACUUGGCACAAACUUUACCACAAGGUAUGUUAUGCAUGUUGAUAGGCAAAUAUAUGAAACAUUUUUAUAAUGAAAAAUUAUCCAAUAAGAAAAAGAUUUAUAUACUGGCAUUUCCUAAGUCAGUCAAAGAUAGUAUUAAAUUUGAAAAUGAAGUUGCUAACGUCACAGGUGUUUUAGCUGACUCUUCCUCCAUUAACGAAGAUGUUAUUCAAUAUUAUGAAACGGUUAAUAAAGUCACAAAAGUUUAA